AAGGCCUUUUUCUUGCAAAACAAAACCGUGUGAAAGAAUUUCAGAGAAGGGGCCAAGUAUAUAUUCCGAGGCGGUGGCGUUGGCGUUGGCGGUGGCGGCAACUCCUCAUUUUCCAUUUCCACCUUCCGAGUGAGACUAUCUACUUUUUCAGUUCGCUAAAUUCUUCACAAUGAACACCCGUUAUGUCAAGCAACUCCUCCGCAAUAUCUAUUGUACUAAAUAUUUUCUCAACAGAGAAGAACCAUAUCGGAACUACAUGCAUAGCGUUUUUAAUCGACUUCAAUUGCAAAGGUCUAAAGCAGACAAGGUUGAAAAAGAUAAACUUAAAGAAGAGCAAGAAAGUUGUCAGUUAUCUCUUAAGUCUAACGUUAAGAAGGACGAUGACAAUUAUGGGGUUAGCAAAUACAGUUCUGAUGAGGAAGAUUCAUCAGAUAGCAAGUGGAAAUUAGAGCUGGCUUGGCUCACUAAGGCUCUCGAACCAGCUCUGCAAUUUUGUAGGUGGGCUCUGCCAACAGGAGAUGGAAUUGGAAACAAACCUCCGCCAAAUAAUCGAUCCCUCACAGAAAUAAUUGCCUACAUCCAACGAAGCAAGAUUGGAAUCCAGGAUUGGAGCUUGAGUGACCUUACAAUUGGCUUGUAUCUGAUCUAUCUUCGUCAAGCUUCCACACAUCCAUUUGAAGAUAUUAAAUGCAUCCAGAUAGCGUCAGAAUCAAUCGUUCAAGAUCUUAUCUAUCAUAUUGAGUUGGCUAAAGGUGCUUAUAAGGAUAAUCCUGCAGUUCUUUCAAGGAACAGCAUGCUUCGAGAAAGUAAUGUUAUAAAAUUUGUUAAUAACUCUAGUGUAAUGAGACCUGCAUAUUAUAUAGGGGUUGACACCCGCAAAAAGCUUGUAAUUUUGGGCAUUCGUGGCACACAUGCUUUAUACGACCUUAUCACUGAUAUUGUUUCCUCAAGUGAUGGUGAAGUCACCUAUGACGGCUAUUCAACCCACUUUGGGACUGCUGAAUCUGCCCGUUGGUUUCUUCAUCAUGAGAUUGGAAACUUAAGAAAAUAUUUGGAGAAAUAUGAGGGAUUUAGGUUAAGACUCGUCGGUCAUUCUCUGGGAGGUGCAAUAGCUUCUUUAUUAGCAAUAAUGAUCCAUAGAAAAUCAUCAAAGGAGCUGGGGUUUAGCCCUAACAUUGUAUCUGCUGUUGGAUAUGGAACCCCACCUUGUGUGUCUAAAGAACUUGCUGAAAGCUGUGCCGGAUAUGUAACAACAGUUGUGAUGCAAGAUGAUAUUAUACCUAGAUUAAGUGUAGCUUCACUAACAAGGCUAAGAAAUGAAAUUCUUCAAACUGAUUGGAUGAGUGUCAUUGAGAAAGAAGACUGGAAGAGAUGCAUAGAUUUAGUUGCAAAUGCAAAGCAGGUUGUGUCUUCUGUGCAAGAUGUAGCUCUCAAACUUGCUGAUUAUGCCAAUUUCAGGAGAAACAAAAGUCCAUCUGAAAUCAAUGCAUCAAAGAAUCUAUGCUAUUGGUGACUUUUCCAUCUUCAAAAAACCCUCUCUACUGAAAAUUAAUAAAUAAUAAAGAAGUUGAGUGUGCAUCACCACUCUACCCUGUUUCUUUAUCAUGCAUGCAUUCCUUCAUUGCUGUCACUUCUCUAGAGUACUUAUUUCUCACAUUUCAGGCCAUGUACAGUGGCAGAACUGCAUUUCCCACCCCCACAUGCAUAAGAAAACAAUAAGGAGUUGCCAGUAAUUAUGCUGGUGAUCUAUCAAACUUCUUUCUUGUGGUCAAGAAUUUUUUUUUGGUGCAUGCAGUGUUUAAGAAGCAAGAAAAAUAUAUUUGAAUGAUUUUAGGCAUCAGAAUUUGGCUUAUUUGAGCAUAAAAAACCAGUUAUUCAACAACAGAUAUUACAGAACAUUUGCAUAUAAAAAAUAAAGAAAUUGUACGUUCAAUUUUUGCCUUUUGACUUUAAUGCUUAUUUGUGAUUUUUAGUUGCCUUUCUCUUGUGAUCUUUCUAUCAAAAACUGUUUUGGUUUGUGUUACCAGUUGAUCCCGUUGGUAAGGAGUUGCCAAUUGCGAGAGAAGCACCUUUACCCCGCAAAGCAGCAAAGGAGAAUUCAGUUGUUGUAAAAAUUGAGGAAACUAAACCUGCAGUAUCUGAGGAGUUAUUUAUACCUGGGAGUGUUUACUAUCUAAAGAGAAACUUGGGAUCGCAAAAUAAUGUUGAAAAGGAAGUUUUCACCCUUUUGAAGAGGCAACCUGGGGAGCAUUUCCAGAGGAUAAUCCUCUCCGGGAAUUUUAUUACAGACCACAGAUGUGAUAGUCACUAUUAUGCUUUGAGAGAUGUUCUUAAAGGUUUGCCGUGGCAUGGCGAGGAAGGUAUUUUUCGGUAACAGAUAUUUUAGUUAUUUAUUCAUUUUUUAAAUGGUAUCAUUUGUAUGCGAAGCAACAGUACACUAAAUAACUAGGUUUCUGCACUUAGAGGGUAGGGUGUCUUGUAGUGUGUGUGAAAGUGUCAGGAACUACAGCAUAGCUGGUUAGUAGUCAGGAAAUUUAUGUAAAAAUAGAAUAGUUGUUCCUAUUCUAAAAAUAGACAUUGAAUAAGUUCUGAAGCAAAUAUUCAAUCAUUGUUGUGUUUGUUUUCAUGAGGCGAACA